AUGCCGGGAAAACAACCUGAACUUAUGGAUCUUCCGGUGAAGCAAGUGUUCUCUGGAGACUUUGUGGAGGAUCAUGUGAGCUAUGCCUCAGGCCUCAAGCGCCGGGCAAAGGAGUUGAAAGAAAAUCAAAACCCUGCAUUCUGCAACCGAAAAUUGUUGGUUCUCCAUCUCGAUGAAAAAGUCAGCUCACGUCGACCUAAGCCACCUGAAGUUUACCUCAACAAAUUUGGAGUUCCUUACCCAGAAGCGCUUUACAAAACCGUCUCAAACUCGAAGAAUUCUAAAUCAACCUUACUACGAAAAACCUUUGGAAAUAGGGAAGCUGAAUAUGGAGCUAGGCCUUCUUCCAGAGGCGGAAAAUCCCCGGAAGUCGGCUCUGAGCUUGGUCAAACUCUUAUACGCAGCUCAUCCCUCAAUACUAUUAUCAAAGGCUUCAAGGGCUUGAAGAAGAAGCAUAAUACGACUCAAGUAGCAGACGAUGCAGACGAUUCUUUGACCCGUAGUGCCGAGGCCUUCGAGAAAGAGACCGCUGAGAAGUGGGAUUCUCCACGCAAGAUGAAGCGACGUGGGGUUAUCCUUGAUAUGCAAAAGACCAGCGACUUUCCCGAAGACAGGACUGGAGAAGACACUGGCCCAGCUCUUGCCUAUGACGACGACUUUGAAUCCAUUUCUGAGCAAAGCAUUCCCACUCAAUACUCUGAAGACUCUCAAUGUUCUGACACUGUUCUGGCAUGUUACGACUUGGACGGCGGAUGA